AGAUUAAGGAUUGGUCUCCGCUGCGCUCCAACUAGAUACUGCAGGCAACCGCAAAGUGCAGCAACUAAUAUGACGCCCAAGUGGGCGUACUCGAGCCAGUCUUAAAACAUUGUGUGACGUUGACGUGCCAAUUGUUCUGUUAAACUUUGCUGUGAGUUGAAACUAAAAUGGCGGGUUGCGUAGUAAAACUUUGUAUAAAUAAUACUACAAGAAAUAAGAAUGACACUGGGAUCAAAUAUCAUUAGUAGUGUCAGUGUCAACAAUGAUAUCGGAAGUUCAAUUACGAAAUCAUUAAAAAUAAUCUCAUAGAAGAAAUGCAAUUCAUGUAGCAUUGGAUUAUUUUCAACAAUGACAGUUACCGCAAAAAAAGUUCCCCCAGAUGGAGGCUAUGGGUGGGUUAUCACUUUCGCAUAUGCUUUGAAUAAUGUUGUAGUUCUUCCAGUGAUAGCAGGCUUUGGGCUAAUAUUUCAAGAAGCCUUUGAUGAAACUGGCCUUUCAGCAACUCAGGGCACUCUUGUAAUUAUACUAAACCAUGGGCUCGGAAUGCUGCUAUCGUUCUUUGGAGGGCCUGUCUUACAAAGAUUUGGCUACAGAAAAGUUGCAGUUGUUGGUGGAUUACUUGUGUCCAUGGGACUAUUAUUAACAUCAGUGUCAAAUAGCUUUUGGCUAUUUAUAUUAUCCUAUAGUAUUAUUAAUUCAAUGGGUGUAGCUGCUGUCAUGGCUGCAUUUUCACUUGCGAUUAACUCUUAUUUUAAAGAGAAAAGGGGUCGAGCAAUCGGGGCAGGGAUGUCCAUUACAGGGUUAGGUGCCAUUUAUAUGCCCUUAGUUAUGAGUAUGCUGAUCUAUGCCUAUGGAUGGAGGUACGCAGUAUUAAUACUAGGUGCUAUCUGCCUACAUUCAGUUUUAGCAGCAUGUUUGCUAAGGCCAGUAAAAUGGUAUUUAAAGGACCCUCCACAAUUAACAGAAGAAGCCGAACCAUUAAAUAAAGAAACCAGCGUUGAACUUGUUAAUGGUAGUUUAUCAACACCAUUAAAACAAACAGCGAUUCAGUCUCUUUCCCGAUUGGAGCAAAUGGAUAAUAAAGAGACCCAAGAUAUCGUUAUAAACACAAAUGGUAUUCAUAAUAGAAAUGCAGUAUCACAUCCAGAUAUUCGGAAGAACACACCAGGACCUGCUUUGGUAGAGUCUAGAUACAAAUGGUGGGAAUCUCAAGAAAUAAAUUUAGGAAGCUCCGUUAACAUUUUCUUAGAGAAGGAUGACUUCAAAGAUACGGAAGACAAAUCUAUAACGAGAAAUGAAAAGAAAAGCUACACACAAAAAGUUAUAAAAUUUUUCGAUUUAACGCUUCUAAGGGAUCCGAUAUUUGUCAAUAUUCUUGUCGGUCUAUCUUUUGCAUCGUGUGUAGAGACAAAUUUCUCGCUUCUUCUUCCAAUAAUAUUAAAAGAUAUGCUCAAAUUUGAAACAUCGGAAAUAGCGAAAGUAAUGGCUGUUAUUGGGUUUUCUGAUACACUAUUCCGUUUCGUGUCACCAUUCAUAGGCGAAUGGUGUAACAAACCUCCUCGAGUGAUGUACAUACUAAGUUUGGUGAUCAUCAUAUUUACAAGAACAAUAAUGCUAUUCACCACAUCGUUUCUUGGUAUGGUGUUUGUGGCGCUGGCUAUGGGAAUCACCAAAGGCGUCAGGACUGUGUACAUGAACAUUGUAAUACCGAGUUAUGUUCCCCUGGAGCGCCUUCCAUUUGCAUCAGGCAUCCAGAUGUUCUUCAAUGGAAUCGUUAUUAUAACAAUUGGAUCUUUGUUAGGCCGAAUACGAGACAUAUCGGGGUCAUACAAAGCCCCAAUUAUGGUACUGAACUUUGUUACACUACUAACAAUCAUUUUGUGGAGCGCCGAAUUUUUAUAUUUUAAGUUUAACCUAACAAAAUCAAGAACGACAAACGAAAAUGCUAGUAACUGAAUUUAUUUAUAAACAAUACGACGUUUUUGUAUAUAAUUAUAUUAUAGGUGUACAAGAUUAUUUAAUAGUAUCUUUACGUUCUACAUAACUAUAAUAUCUAUUACUAAGAUUGUAAUUUACUUAUUGUAACAUAAUUAUAAACUAUCAAUAAUUAUCCAUAAAAUUUACAUGAACAUAUAACAUAUGUACAAAUUUGUUUAAUUCAUAAAAUAUUGUUAUAGGAAGUAAUUUUAAAAUAAAACAUAUUUUGAAAGUGCCCUAGUAUGCGUUUUAGUAACUAUUCCUUUAUAUGUUUAGCAACACUGUUUUUUUACUUAAGCUUUCCAUAGUGUAUCACAGCUUUCUGUCAUAAAUUUAUAUGACACUAUGAACGAAUUUUUACUAUGGAAUAUACACAAAUUAAAUUUAAAAACAAAAUUUAUGAACAGUGUGGGACUCCAACCCGCGACCUCUCGCGUUUCGUGCGAGUGCUCUUCUACUGAACCAACCGUUCGAGUGAGGUGUCGUUGAUAAAUCUUGUAUGUCACGUUCAACUCUCAGGUUGUAGCUUCAUCUACAGGAUCUACUUUAUAGUUUACCUGCUCAACCCAACAUUUGCAUAUUAGGAAAUUGACUUGAGAUGUCGCUCUUUCAAAUCUAAGCAAUUUACUAUUUUAUUUUUAAGUGAGCGUUUAUAAAUUUUGAUUUCAACUUUAAUUUGUGUAAUUAAUCCCAGAAGUAAGGGUUAGCACUUAAAAAAAUCGCAAAUUGGUUAUGAAAUAUACUAUUUAUGUUAAACAUUAUUUUAAUUAUUUAUUUGAAGAUGUUUCAAAAAAUUACUAUACCUAAGUUAAUAAUUACUUAACUUUCAAUGCUAUCAGAUAAGGAAAAGAAAGAUAUAGAAAGCCUUAAUACAUGGUAAUGAUAAUUCUGACAUUCCUCACAUUUUCUUACACGAAUUCAUGAAAGUCCAGCUUGUAACCUUAUGUACAACAAUUGCCGAAUUUCAAACUUUAGCGGUAACAUCUAUGCUAAAAACUUAGAUUUGAAUAUUUCUAAUACAAUUUAUUAAUAUAAUAAUAUUACUAUUAGGAAAUAUUUAGAUAAUUAUUUUUAACAACUUUGGUUGUAAGUAUUAUAGUGUAUAGUGAUAUCAUAAAUUUUAUCUAUAGAAAAAUUAAAAUAUAAUAUUUACAAAAAGA